CGGAUAUUUGCAACCCCCUGCCAAACCCUGCAUUCCUUCUAGCCCGGCAUUCAGCCUUCUCCUACACUACUUACCCCACUAUGUCGGAAUCCAGGUUCGUCGGGCAUCUGCCUCUGUUCAGAACGGCUUGUUGGUCCUGUGCACCCAAGGCUAACAAUCCAGGAUAACAGACAAGAGCUGUUGGCAUGGAUCAACAACCUGCUGCAGUUGAACAUGACCAAGGUUGAGCAGUGCGGAACUGGUGCCGCUCUGUGCCAGAUCUUCGAUUCGAUAUUUAUGGAUGUCCCCAUGUCUCGCGUCAAGUUCAACGUCAACACCGAAUACGCCUACCUUCAGAACUUCAAGGUUCUUCAGAACGUCUUUGCCAAACACCAGGUCGACAAGCCGAUUCCCGUCGAAUCUCUCACGAAAUGCCGUAUGCAGGACAACCUUGAGUUCCUCCAGUGGACGAAGAAGUACUGGGACCAACACUACCCGGGUGGUGACUACGAUGCCGCCGCUCGUCGCAAGGCCUCCGGUGGUCCCCCCGCCACUGCGGGUGGCUCUCGCGCAGGUGCAAGCUCCGCCGGAGCGGCACGCCGUGGUACUACGCCUACCAUUGGCGCCGCCCGCCCCCGUGUCGCUGGUGCCGCAAGCGCUGCCAACGUGUCUGCGCUGCAGCAGGAGAUUGCUACGCAAAAGGAGGCUAUUGCUGGCUUGGAGAAGGAGAGGGAUUUCUACUUUGCCAAGCUGCGUGACAUCGAAUUGCUUCUGCAGAGCGCCAUCGAGGCCGAUCCGGAGCUCGAAAAGGAUGAUGACUCCCUGGUGAAGCACAUCCAGGGCAUUCUGUACUCGACGGAGGAGGGAUUCGAGAUUCCCGAAGCGGAGGCUGGGGCGGAUGAACUUGAGACCUUCUAAGUUCAUACCUAAUAAUGUUCGUCCCAUUAUUAAUACCCCUUCAUGUGUAGCACAAGCGUUCGUCAGUCGUCUUACGGCGUCUCUAUGUCUUUAACUAGUUUUCCUUCUGUUUAGACCGUUGGUCAGACAUGCGAGUAGGGUGAGGGGUUGAGGAGUGAAAAAGCAAGGAGAGUGGCUGGCGAGAUGCAGACCCUUUGUAUAGUUGUGACACAGUCUUUUUCUUUCUUCUCUGUCUCGACAGGUAGUUGGAAGCAGGUUCCAUUCCCAUGUUCUUUCUUCCUCUCUCUUCUCUAGCCUGCAUUGAUACUGAUAGAAAGGUAUUCCAAUAUGUGGAAUGAAUCAAGUGCGUCGACA